AUGUCGAUAUACAGACACUUUGAAACCCUAGUCAGCCAAAGAAGAAACCCCUACAUUAACCAACCCCAGCUUCCACCAGAUGUGCUUCCGAUCAACUUUAAAUUUUACAAGUUACUCGCACUCGCAGGAUCUUUGAUUAAUGAAGAUGGUAUUGAUCCUACUUCAGUAAUAGUUAUGCAACUAACCCUUGUAACGCAAGAAACCAUUAAUGUCGAUCGUACUACGCUAUUGUCUGAUUCUACUAGAGCGCUCGUGGGUAACGUGCUUUCCAGCAUGCUCGUUCCUGAACACGAACAUCCAGCAAUUACUGAAGAAGUAUUCCACAAACUUGCUGGAUUAUCGAGUUCGAACUUGGGCAAUGCUAACAACACCACCAUGCUGCCUAUUGUUGUGGGCAUAAUUGAUAUGAAUUUGCCAAUGCCCUCUGUUGGUAGUGAUCCCAUUACGUCGCUGGCCGAUAGGGUUGCAAUGUCGUCGAUGCAAACGUACGAGGCCAGACCUAUUCCUGCAGACGAAUCUUCCAUUGAGAAUUUGGAGAAAGUGAUAUUUGGUGGAGAAGGUACGAGAGAGCAGCAGCAAACAUCGUGUGUUAUCUGCAUGGAGGACUUUGAGGAUGGUGUUCACGUUAGUCGCUUGCCUUGCUUACACUUUUAUCAUGAAGAUUGUAUUGGUCAGUGGUUGAAGACUAGUCACUUGUGUCCCUUGUGCCGACACCCAAUGCCUCAUGCUUAA